AUGGCUCGUUGCAGUAACAACCUCGUAGGAAUACUCAACCUCCUCGUCUUGCUCCUCUCGAUUCCGAUUCUCGGCAGCGGAAUCUGGCUCAGCGUUAAGGGCUCGACGCAGUGCGAGAGAUUCUUCGACAAACCCAUGAUCGCUCUCGGCGUUUUCCUCAUGAUUGUCGCAAUCGCAGGAGUCGUCGGUUCUUGGUGCAGAGUGACGUGGCUCCUCUGGUUCUACCUCUUCGUGAUGUUCGUCUUAAUCCUCCUCAUCCUCUGCUUCACCAUCUUCGCCUUCGCCGUCACCAGUAAAGGCUCAGGCGUAUCCAUCCCUGGAAAGGCUUAUAAAGAGUAUAGGCUCGAGGAUUACUCAGCUUGGCUGCAGAAGCGUGUGAGCAACGCUAAGCAUUGGAAGAACAUUCGAAGCUGUCUUUACGAGAGCAAGAUCUGUAAGCCCUUGGAGAUUCUCUCUGGUCAUGAGCCUGCUUCUGAUUUCUACAAUCUAUAUCUCGGUUCUCUUGAGUCUGGUUGCUGCAAGCCUUCUAAUGACUGCAACUUCACCUACAUAAACCCAACGACUUGGAACAAAACAGAAGGAACACAGACAAACCCAGAUUGCCAAACUUGGGACAACAAAAAAGACAAGCUCUGCUACAAUUGCAAAGCCUGCAAGGCCGGUUUUAUCGACAACCUCAAGGCCUCAUGGAAAGUAGUUGCUAUUGUCGACAUCGUCUUCCUUGUAAUCCUCAUUAUCGUCUACGCUAUGGGAUGUUGCGCCGUCAGGAACAACAAGAGAGAAGACAGUUAUGCCCGUUCUAAUGGAUUCGCCGGUUAG